GGAAAAAAGAGGUGGAAAAUAAAAUAAAGAAAACGAGGGUGGAUCGAUCUUGACAUCAGUCAAUGACGGACCGCCCGUGAGUAGGCUUUAGCUGUGUGACUUUUACCAAUCGGUUGUCCGAAACACAAAUUUCUUCCCAUCCGUUCUUGAGUCCAGAAAGUUCCCUCCGAUCUUAUCCCAGCUGCUCAUUCAUUAUUAGUUUACUUAUUUCCUUCCUGGGGUUUAUCUCAAGCUUGGAUAGCUUCUUUUCAAGAUAAAAUAUGGCAGAUGAAGGGCUGGCUUCCCACAGGAGAGAUCCUAUCAAGUCUUCAGUUGGUGAUGUUGCAGCACAUAGGAGGCGGCAGCAUGCAGUUACAGUGGGAAAGGAAAGAAGAGAUGCGUUAGUGCGCACAAAGCGCCUAUGCAGAGAUGGAAUUGUUAAGAACAAUGAUGUUUCUUUAGAUAGAGAUAUGAUCAUUGAUGAAGAGCAAGCAACGUUGGAUGCUCAGACUUGUCAUGCUGUUGAGGAAUUAAAAUCUGCUGUUCUAUACCCGGGAAAAGGUUCUAUGCAGAGGAAGGUAGAGGUACUUCGUGAUUUGAGGCAUUUGUUGUCGAAGUCUGAGGUACCUCCUGUUGAAGCGGCCCUCAAAGCUGGGGCAAUUCCUGUUCUUGUGCAGUGUCUUUCAUUUGGAUCACCAGAUGAGCAGUUGCUUGAAGCAGCCUGGUGUCUGACUAACAUAGCAGCUGGAGAACCAGAGCAGACAAAGGCUCUAUUGCCUGCAUUACCUCUACUUGUGGCCCACCUUGGAGAGAAGAGCUCCGUGCUAGUUGCUGAGCAGUGUGCUUGGGCAUUGGGAAAUGUUGCUGGUGAAGGAGAGGAGCUGAGGAAUAUUUUACUUGCCCAAGGAGCCUUACCAUCUCUUGCAUGCAUGAUGCUGUCAAAUAAGGGUUCGACUGCAAGAACAGCUGCUUGGGCUUUGUCAAACCUAAUCAAGGGACCUGAUCCUAAAGCUGCAGCAGAACUCAUUAAAAUUGAUGGGGUAUUGGAUGCGAUUUUUCAGCAUUUGAGAAAAGAGGAUGAGGAGUUGGCCACUGAAGUAGCAUGGGUGGUUGUGUAUCUUUCAGCUCUUUCAAACACUGCUAUCGGAAUGCUUGUAAAAAGUGGUCUUGUUGAAUUACUUGCGGAGAGGCUAGCAGCAUCAAACAGUUUACAAUUGCUCAUUCCGGUGUUGCGAAGUUUGGGUAAUCUCAUAGCUGGGGAUAGUCACACAACUAAUGUUGUUCUUGUUCCUGGACAUGAUUUUACAGAUAAUGUCAUAUUGGCGCUAAUAAAAUGUUUGAAAAGUGAGCAUCGAGCCUUGAAAAAGGAGGCAGCCUGGGUCCUGUCUAACAUAGCUGCAGGUUCCAUUGCACACAAGAAACUGAUAUAUUCUAGUGAGGUCAUUCCUUUGUUAUUGCGUCUUCUUUCAAGGGCUCCAUUUGAUAUAAGAAAGGAAGUAGCGUAUGUGCUAGGAAACCUCUGUGUUGCUAAGACAGAAGGUGCUGGUCUGCCAAACGUGAUUCUGGAACAUUUGGUUUCACUUGUUGGUAGAGGAUGCCUUCAGGGGUUUGUAAAUUUGGUUCGCUCUCCUGAUAUUGAGGCUGCAAGGCUAGGACUGCAGUUCUUGGAACUGGUGAUGAGAGGGCUGCCCAACGGAGAGGGCCCCAAGCUUGUAGAGAGGGAGGACGGUAUUGAUGCCAUGGAAAGAUUCCAAUUCCACGAGAACAAAGACCUGAGAAACAUGGCAAACGGGUUGCUAGAUAAGUACUUUGGGGAGGACUAUGGGCUUGAUGAGUAGUCAUGAUGGCCUUCAGGCAGGUGGCCUUUUCCCAUUCCUCCCCUCCCUUCCCCUCCCCCCCCCCAUUUCAACUAGCGUCGGCAGUGUAUUUACGUGUAAACUGCCCUUACAAAUCUGCUGAAGCAUCCAAGUUCAAUCAAUGGAUGGAAAGCAACUGUUCAUUACUGUACCCUAAAUGUUGUUUCAUUUAGGAAUAUGGUACAAGAAAAGGGGCGGCAGACAACCACUCACUUUGAAGGUCAAAGUCAUGUUCAUGACCCAAAUGUAUGAAAAUUCUGAGUAGCAGAUGCAAAUAGGUUUCCUUUCAA